CACAGCAAACCCUAGUUGCCAUGGAUCUCGGCGCUUUCCUCCGCACCACCGCACCCGCUCUCCCGCCGGCACCACUGCUUGGCCGGUCUGGGAACCGGCCUAUGCUGGUGUCCGUCGGCCCAGACGCCGGCGGGCACGCGGCUGCUGGUCGCCGGGCCUUGCUGUGCUUGAGUUGCAAUUAUCGUAGAGGAGAUGGUGUGAAGGCUAAGUGCUCCAAGUAUGAGGGACAAGAUGACCCUUUCCUUGCAGAGGCGGACAUCGGAGGCAUGGUGAACGCCCUCGCGGUUCACUACGGAUCCGUACUGUCUCGGAUGGGUCCUGGUCCUGCUCUCUCUGAGCAAGAGGAGCAGAUUCGACAAGAGCUGCUCACGGUGGUGGAAGACUCGGUUGAACUCGCGAAAAAAGUCAUAACAACACUUAAGCCAGAGCCAAAUUCACCAGAGUUUGUGGAGCUGUUUAAGUUGACCGCUGAUUUGGUCAGAAUUGCUCAGACUUGCAAGCAUGGAUAUGCUCCCAUUGGGCAUGCCCUUCAUGUCAUAAGUGACCUGGAUGCCCUUCGUAGGCAAGUCUCCAUUGUGAAAGGAUCUGCUCUCCCACCCGCGCCCCCCCUGCACGGCGCUGCGCAGCUUUCUAAUGUUAGCAACAUUUCUAUUAAGGAGGUUGUCUUCUGGGUUUUGGAAUCAGUGCUCAAGUCUGUGAAGAAUGACAUCGAGCGGAUGAUAUCAGACCACUGAGCAAACAGGCGUCGACGCGACCACUAAUGCAUAGUAGUAGGAAGUUUUGUCUAUCUACCUCAACUUUUGCUGAUGUGUCCAAUAACAUCUACCAGUUAUCUUUCUUUAUCAGCCUCUGUUUGCUUGGGGAAGCCUACCAAUUCUCUGUAGUAGUAUCUGCUUCAGCAUGUUUUUUAUUUUCGUGUUUAGUAAUGCAACUGGGUGUUUUGGAGGCAAUUCCGCAACGUUGGAGUAUCUGAUUCACUAUGUUUUUUUUUCCCGAUGAAUCUGCUUUGAGCUCCAUCGCAUCCUACGGUAGAAAAUCUUCUUCUUCUGGCACUAAUGAUAAAAAGUAUUU